UGUGGGCUUAUGAAAGCCCUACGUACUUUCGAGUGGUCUUUUGCGAUUUGCUUCCCUUUGAUCCAAAAGGCAUUAUGGAAUUUGUGCAGCCAAACUAUUUUAAUUUUGGCCAACCACGUUGAAACGAUCUGAGCAUCUGGUGCUAUUCAGAAGUUACUUUUUUCAUGAUAAAUGUACGGAUAACACUUUUAUAUACAUGGCAAGAUCUCUCUCUACAUGUAUGCCAAUAAUCGAAGUUUGUACUUAGUAGUACUCAGUCACACAUGUAGACGUGUGCAGAAGAAGAUAGGGAGAUUAAAGUAGUGGAUGGACUGCUGCUGCAUUUCCCAACUAUCUCGUCUCCUCUGCUAGGUUCCCUACCACCAACCCAAUUGCUGAUUUCUCUACUCUCCGAGUUGACAACUUGACAUACAUGCUGCCUCUCUCUCUCUUCCCUAUCUUCUUCUAAAUGGAGUCCUACGACUCCUGAUCUCACUACUCUUGUCUUGUCAAUCCAACCGAGUAGAGAGAGAGAGAGAGAGACCCAGUGGACACUAGCUAGCUAGAGUCUGCAGGGAGGUAGAGAGACAGAGAGUAGAUCGAUAAGAUCCAGAGUCCAUCUUGUUCGCCGACGAUCUUCAAGAUGCGGCUCGGCGCCGUCAUCUUCGGCUGCGCGCUCCUCCUGCUCCUCCCUGCCUCGCGUGCCUUCCCGCUAUGCACCGACCAAAGGGCGCCGGUGGUGCUCAACAAGACGCUCGGCUUCUGCGCCUCCUACAGCGGCAGCAGCUGCUGCGACGCCGCCGCCGACUCCGCGCUGCGCAAGCAGCUCGACGCCAUGAACGUCUCCGACGCUGCCUGCGCCGCCGUCCUCAAGUCCAUCAUCUGCGCGAAAUGCAGUCCAUACUCUGCUGACUUGUUCAACGCUGGGCCAAAGAUCCGGACAAUUCCUUUCCUGUGCAACUCUACCUCCUCAACAACUUCUGCUCAAUCCAAGGAAACCACACAGGACUACUGCAAACUUGUUUGGGAAACUUGCAAGGAUGUGAGAAUACUGAACUCUCCCUUUCAACCUCCCCUGCAAGGCAGUGCGACGCUUCCUAGUUCAUCGUCAAAGCUUACUGAUGCCUGGCAAUCCGAAAAUGACUUUUGUACAUCGUUUGGUGGCGCGCCAAAUGACCAGUCAGUUUGCUUCAGUGGCAAUGCAGUUUCAUUUAACACCACCCAACCUUCACCCUCUCCUAAAGGGAUAUGCCUAGAGAGGAUUGAUAAUGGAUCCUACCUUAACAUGGCUCCUCACCCUGAUGGCUCCAAUAGAAUCUUCUUGGGCAGCCAAGCUGGGAAGAUAUGGCUGGCAACUGUCCCUGAGCAAGGAUCUGGAGGUACUCUGCAAUUCGAAGAAGCAAGCCCAUUUGUUGAUCUGACUGACCAGGUCCACUUUGAUUCGAAGUUUGGACUCAUGGGUAUGGCUUUUCAUCCGAAUUUCGCAACCAAUGGCCGCUUCUUUGCCUCUUACAACUGUGAUAGGACAAAGUCACCCAGCUGCACGGGGAGAUGCUCCUGCAAUUCUGAUGUGGAUUGUGAUCCCUCAAAGCUCGGUACCGAUAAUGGUGCUCAACCAUGCCAGUAUCAAGUUGUUGUAUCGGAAUAUUCGGCCAAAGGUUCCUCAUCAAACGUUUCUGAGGUAACGUCUGCUGAUCCGUUUGAAGUUAGAAGGAUUUUUACUAUGGGGCUACCUUACACAUCUCAACAUGGAGGCCAAGUACUUUUUGGUCCUACCGAUGGCUACCUCUACCUAAUGAUGGGGGAUGGUGGAGGAAAGGGAGACCCUUUUAAUUUCGCUCAGAACAAAAAGUCACUUCUGGGAAAAAUUAUGAGGCUUGACAUUGACAAUACACUGAGAGAGAGUGAAAUCAAUAACAAAAGUUUAUGGGGUAAUUAUUCUAUUCCAAAAGACAACCCGUACGCUGAUGAUAGUGUCUUGGAACCAGAAAUUUGGGCAUUGGGUCUUAGAAACCCGUGGAGAUGCAGCUUUGAUUCGGAGAGGCCUUCCUACUUCUACUGUGGAGAUGUUGGUCAGGAUCUAUAUGAAGAAGUAGAUUUGAUAUCCAAAGGUGGAAACUAUGGAUGGCGUGCGUAUGAGGGGCCACUUGUUUAUCAUCCAUCAUGGGCACCUGGAGGAAACACAUCACUCAACUCCAUUAACGCCAUUCCUCCGAUCAUGGGAUACAGCCAUUCUGAUGUCAAUAAGAACAUUGGAUCCGCAUCGAUCAUGGGCGGUUAUGUCUACCGAGGCUCUACUGAUCCUUGCUUGUAUGGAAGGUACUUGUAUGCUGAUCUUUACGCCUCAGUCAUGUGGACUGGCACAGAGACCCCGGACAGCAGCGGGAACUACACCUCCACUCUGAUUCCCUUCAGCUGCUCCAAGGACUCCCCAAUACCCUGUGACACCGCUGCUGGGAGCCCCCUCCCAUCACUGGGCUACAUAUACUCCUUCGGUGAGGACAACAGCAAGGACAUCUAUGUCUUGGCCAGCAAAGGCGUCUACCGAGUCGUCAGGCCCAGCCUCUGUGACUACACUUGUCCAACAGAGAAAGCUGCAACGAACAAUGGUGCGACACCUCCUGCUCCUUCAUCCAAGGCGCCAGCGACAGGAAAAACGAGCAAGGAGAUGGGAGUCCUUUUGCUGUCUGUUAUUAUGUUCUGGGUUUUGGUAACAUAGGAUGGGUGAUCAAUCCUGAUAUGUUGGAUACUCAUUAGGUUGAAAUCAUACCAUUUUUGUGAGCUCCCCUUGGAGUAAAAUGCUCAAAUGUUGCAUAAACUCCCCUGCUGUAAACGCAAACUAGUAACUUCAUAAGCUUUCCAACGAUAUAUACUCUAUAUAA